GAAGUUUGCAAACUUCUCAUCAACUUUAUAUUCUGGCUCGGAUUGUUCUUGUAUCGUAGAAAAGUGUCUUGAUUUUAUUCCGGUGAAUUUGUGUUGUGCUGCAGUCUCACAAUUCAGUUUACACUUUCAGUUGUAUUUUAACUGUGUUCGGGUAAAGCAGUUUUCACCGCAUAAUUUCUUAUUGGUUUCUUAUAUUUAUUUUUGUUCUUGGCUUGUUUUUUUUUAUCACAAAUGUACCAUAAACCAUAACUUAAAGGUGUACAGAGGUACACAGCGCCAAUAAACGUCUCUCAACCUUAACGUGAUUUUGAAUAAAUCUCCUGGCGAAGGCGAGGCGAUUGCCUGCCUGCCGGAGCCGGUUCGCGGUACGCAGUUGUUCGCACCGUGUGCCGAAUAUUAUUACGAUAAUUUUAUGAAUAUUUUAUUGUUGCUUUAGGUAGUUUGCAUUUGAGAUUUUAUUUUGGAUACAACAUUUUUAUAUAUUUUUACUGUUUCUUUUUCACUGUUGAUAUGGCAGUUGAAAGACAGCAAAUAAUAUGCGGUCUUUUUGGUGAAGUGUGAGCGAUUUUUUAAUGCUCGUUUAAGACUUUUAACUGACUUUUUAACACCUCCUUUGGUUUUAAAUUUUGAUGCUGCAAUCUCUGUAAACGAUAUCAGUGCAUUUUGGAGGAGGUCGAAUCGAAAAAGUGAUAUAUGUACAUAUGUGGAAAAGGGAACAUAAACUUGUUAGCGAUAAACACCCUUCAAAAGUCGUGCACAUUUAAUCUUAUGUGGUGUGUUUUUUUUUCAAUGUUUUUUCUUUUCAAUUUUUCGCGGGGACUUGGACUAAGUGAAUUUUAAAAAACGUGAGGUUCACGGUUUAUGUGCAUCUUAUGCAAAUUUAACUGCUUCGAGAUAUUAGUAGAAGUCACACAUAUUGGAAAAAGAUGUUGUUUUUUAAGUUGUUUAUUUUUGUUUAAUUUUUGCAAAUGUUUUAUCAGAUUUUAUGUUCAAAACAAGAAAAGUUAAAUUACUAUAGAACUUAUAACUGUGGUGUUCUUAUUUAAAUCUUGGCAUAUCUCAAUCUCGAUAAAAGUUGAAGAAAUAAAGUGUGUUCUUUAUGAAGUGAAGUGAACUGAACUGUGAAUAGAGAGAGUGAAGUUUCUUAUAUGUUUAAUAUGUUGAUGACCAUGAUUGUUCGUUUUUUUUUUUAAUAAAUAAUUAAUAGAAAUACAUUAAUAGAAUUGUCUAUAUUCAUAAAUAAACAUAAAAGAUUAAAAAAUAUCGUUUUUCGAGUUAAACUUUCUUCUUCAAACACCAGCGAGAAUAUAAUAUCCAAUUUAUUAAGAGUGGGAUCAUCUAAUCUCGAUACUUGAGCAAUUCCUCACCGCAUCCCAAUACCGGGACUAUAAGAAAUCAACAAUUCAUCGUUCAGUAAAACAAACAAACUAUCGAUGGAGAAUAAUAUUGUCUUGCCAUAGCUUAACUGGCUUGAGAGAAAACAGCGACGUCAAACGGGUGGUACUGGUAUCAGUGGAGAUGUGCUAAAACCAACUCUUUGCCUGUCCGUCGUCUAUAAGCAGGAUAAACAAGGAUAUAAUAUUGUGCUGGAGGACUUGUUGUUUUAUUUUGUGCAUUUAUCUCUUUUGUUUGUACAUAAAAAUAAAAAUGUCACUGAUGGUUCCUUUUCCUGAUGAUAGAAGACGAGAAGAAUGUAAUUAUUAUUCUUUGAACGAAGGAAUCACGUUGCGACUCAUUAAAGUGGACACUCUUAAUUAACAUUGCAGUGUAUACCUACCUUGUAUCUCGUAUAGUGUUUGCAGUCCAGUCCAGUCCAGUGUCCUGUUCCCCUGUCCAGUCCAUGUCCAUUUAUUUUGCAAAGUGCAUUAAUUCCUGUACUGCCAUCAUCAUCAACAUAGAAAACAACACGCAGCAAUGGACAUCAAGAGUUUGUGAUGAUAACAAAAUGAAGAACUAAAACUUGACAGCUAAGCAAAGAAAAACACAACAAACUUCAAGCUAUAAUAAAAACAAAUCUGAUAAAAUAAAAAUGCCGGAAAAGACACUAAAUAACGGCUAUCUAAGGACGCCACACUCUAAUGAAAAUGGCAAUAGCAACGGCGGCGGUGGUGGUGGUGGUGUUGGUAGUGGGUUAGGGGGCUUAAAUGGAGGUGGUGUUGAGUGUGGCCUAAAUGAAGAUGCGUCUACGAACGUAACAACGACAUCACCACUCCUAGGUGGAGCCACCACCACCAUUCCAACCGGUUCAACGCCGCAGGCAGGAGUUAACCUUGGCAGUGUGAUGGUUGUGAAUAAUGGACCGUUAAAUAAUAAAACGCCGACAAUUGUACACUUUGGGGCUGGUUCAAAUGUUCCAAGGACAUCACUUCACAACGCAUCAGGGCUUACCCAGCCGGCCCAUCAUACAAGCGAUUGCUUCUUCAAAGAGUCUACUUUACGUUGGAGGUUAUUGGUGUUGGCUAUUUCAUUUAUGGUCCUUGGGGCAGCGAUUGGAGCAUUGGCUAUCUAUUUUGCCGGAAGUUAUCGAUGUACAAGUACUACCAGUGUCAGUCAUAGUCAGAGUCACAGUAGCAGUAAUAAUAGAAACAAUAUUGGAAAUGACUUUUCAAUAGACCAGCAAAAUGUGGUAUGCUUGACGGAGGAGUGCGUCCGAACAGCGUCCUCAUUGCUAAAUGCCAUGGACCGGACAGCAGAUCCAUGUGAGAAUUUCUUUCAAUACGCCUGUGGGACAUGGAAUAAAAAGCAUGUGAUACCAGAGGACCGAAGUUCAAUAAGUACUUUUGAGGUAUUAGCAGAUCAGCAACAAGUUAUACUAAAAGGUGUCCUGGAGGAGGCGAUAAAUGAACAAGAUAAUAAUGCAACAAUAAAAGCUAAAUUGUUUUAUAAGACCUGCAUGGAUAUACCUCAAAUACGAAAAGUUGGUGAGGGAAAACUUAAAGAAGUCCUUAAGUCUCUAGGUGGAUGGCCAGUUAUUGAGAAAAAUUGGAGUCCACCAAAUAUCACAAUGGAAUAUCUAAUUGGUACACUUAGAGGUGAAUACAAUGAACCUGUACUGAUAGAACUUUAUGUUGGAGCGGACGACAAAAAUUCAUCAGUACAUAUCCUACAAAUUGACCAAUUAACAUUAGCCCUUCCUUCGCGAGACUACUAUCUUAAAUCGAGUAGCGAGCAUGAUUUGAAAGCCUACCACAAAUACAUGACCAAAACAGCGAUAUUACUUGGUGCUAAUCCAGAAACUGCAAGUAAAGAAUUGGAAGAUGUCCUAGACUUUGAAGUUCUUCUAGCUAAUGCUACUUUACCAGAAGCCGAUCGUCAUGACACUAGCGCCAUCUAUAAGAAAAUCACUCUGAAAGAACUCCAAAGGCAAAUACCGCAAUUAAAUUGGACAGAUUAUUUGCAAACAACAGUUGGAAAAGAUUUGAAACUUAGGGAAAAUGAAGAAAUCGUAAGCUACGCAAUGCCAUAUUUAGUUGAUAUGGGUAAAAUUCUAGCGAAAGCUGACAGGCGAGUUGUGCAUAAUUAUGUAAUAUGGCGGCUGGUAAUGUCAAUAAUGACACACAUGAUUGAUGAAUAUCAACGAGAAAGAGUAGAGUUUCGUAAAAUAUUGCUGGGUAUUCAAUCGGAGCGAGUUCGCUGGUCGCAGUGUGUAGAAUGGACGAACAAGAAAAUGGGUAUGGCUGUGGGAGCAUUGUUUAUAAGGGAUAACUUUAAUCAGGAUAGCAAAGAGACUGCUCUGGAAAUGAUUCGUACCAUUCGGGAGGCUUUUAACGAACUUCUAGCUGAAAAUAUUUGGAUGGACGAUGAAACGAGAGCAGUGGCUAAGGAAAAAGCUGACACUAUGAAUGAACGAAUAGGCUAUCCGGAAAUUUUGACAGAUGGCAAUGAAUUGGAAAAGGAAUAUGAAAAUCUUACAAUAAUUCCGGAUAACUUCAUGGACAACGUGUUGCACAUUCUCAAAUGGGAUUCUGAUCGAAAUUUACAACUUCUCCGUAAGCCAGUCGACAAAGACAAGUGGGCAACAGAACCUGCUGUGGUAAACGCCUUUUACAAUCCCAAUAAAAAUGACAUCGUUUUCCCAGCCGGAAUUCUGCAGCCACUUUUUUACAGUCAGAACUUUCCAAAGUCACUAAACUAUGGUGGCAUUGGAGUUGUUAUUGGUCAUGAGAUCACACAUGGAUUCGAUGACAAAGGUCGACAGUUUGACAAAGACGGUAACAUGAUGCAGUGGUGGAAUAAUGCCACCAUCGAGGCAUUCCGUGAGAGAGCACAAUGCAUCAUUGACCAAUAUUCCAAGUAUAAAAUCGAUGAAGUCGAUAUGUACAUGAAUGGUCGGAUGACACAAGGCGAGAACAUUGCCGACAAUGGUGGACUUAAACAGGCAUUUAGGGCAUACCGGAAGUGGGUAAAACGCCAUGGAGCAGAGUCUGAUCUGCCGGGUCUUAAUCUAUCCCAUGAUCAAUUGUUUUUCCUGAAUUACGCACAAAUCUGGUGUGGAUCAAUGCGUCCAGAAGACGCCCUAACUAAAAUUCGUUCAUCGGUCCAUUCGCCUGGUUUCAUAAGAGUUCUCGGACCCCUCUCGAAUUCGGUGGACUUUGCUAGUGCGUACAGAUGUCCGCUUGGAUCGCCCAUGAACCCAAUUGAAAAAUGUAGUGUGUGGUAGAUAAUGCCGACUUGACGGGCGCUUAUUUUUCUUAGAGAAUUCUAUGGAUAAAUUGUUUAAUUUAUAUAUAAACUUCAUUAAAAUUAAAAUUAAGUUUGUAUAAAAGUAUUUAUUAUUAUUAUAUCUAUACCAUUUCAUUUUUGUUUAAAUUAAUAAGAGCAUAAAAUGUUCAUUGUUUUAGAAUUUAAUUAUUUUAACAGUAAUUUAAAAAAAAGAAAUUUUAUUAUUAAAUAAAUAAAUUAAAUAAAAAUAAAAAUUAUACAACAUUAUUAAGGCUAGGUACUAUUUUUAAUUACAUAUGUCACAUAAUAUCACGAAAUGUACAAAUAAAUAAUCCAUUCGUAAACUGAACAUUAUACCAUUAAAACCAAGAGUACUUAUAUAAUAAAAACAAAAAGAAAUGCAUAAUUUGUAUAUAAUAAAUAAAAUUUUAAAUAUGCUGGAAUAAAUAAAAUUUAAACAAAAACUAGCAUCAAUUUAACAUAUAA